AUCCAGGUGUGCAGAUGGGUGUAUAACAAGGAUAUAGUAAACGGUGGAAGAGAGUUUUCUUUUAGGAUAAAAAUACUCAAAAGUCUGUAGAGAAUAUGUGCGGCUUCGACAAACAGAAAGGACCUGGGAGGCUGAUGACUAAAGGACUCUUACUCAUAGUUGUCGGUCAUGUUAAUUUCAUUUUGGGCGCCAUCGUUCAUGGCAGCGUUUUACGACACAUCUCUAAACCCAGGAGGGAAAUAUCUACAGAAUACACAGUGUCCAACAUCAUAGCUGUCACCUCAGGACUGCUGAGCAUUGCAAGUGGAAUUGUUGCAAUAUUGGUGUCAAGGAAUAUUAAGAUUUCCAAACUACAUGUGGGCCUGUUGGUGAGCUCUUUUUUAAACGCUGUGCUGUCUGCAGCCUGCUGUGUUGGGCUAUUGCUAGCCAUCAGCCUCACUAUUUCAGCCGAUGGCAGUGGGCUCAUGCAGGGCUGCAACAAUACAGGCGUGCCUGUAAAUGCUCGCUCGCCCGUCUCUGCCAACUGCCCCUUUGACACUACGCGCAUUUACGACACAACUCUAGCUUUGUGGUUCCCGUGCGCGCUGCUAUCAGCCAUGGAGUCUGGUCUGUCUGUGUGGUGCUUCAUAGUGGGUCUCAUCCUGAGAGGCAUCGGGCCUUGUGCUCACCCUUACCUCCGAGAGCAGCUGGACGACAACACCUUGGCACAUACAUCAAAGGUGGAUCCAGAAUUUUCAGCCCCAGGCCAAUGUCUCAUUGCACACCAAUCUGAUCAGCCAUAGACAGCAAGAUCAGUCAGAAAACUAAGACUUGGUGAAACUCUGACUGAGCUAAUAAAGUAGAUUCAGUAUUUGAGGAGUAAUGUUUUGAGUCAGUUUUGGAAAAUGCAACUGUUUGUCAUGCUUCGCCCCGGACAUCCACUCCAGAGAUUACGGAUCUCUCACGCCAGCGCCGAUCCUGAUCUGGGACAGGAAUUCCUUUUCACCUGCAUUCACUUCCUGGUUUUCACCGCUGCUUAUAAAUACGCCGUUCUCAGACUCCGUCCUUGCCAGAACGUCUCGUUUGCUUCUCUAGCAUUUUCUGUGCCUCUCUUGCUUCUCAUGGUUUUUCUCUCUAGCGUUUUUCUGGUUCGGUUUUUUUUUGCACUAAGGGUUAUUUCUGAUUCAGGGUUUCUUGCACCAAGGGUCGUUUUCUUGUUCGGGGUUUCUUGCACCAAGGGUCGUUUUCUUGUUCGGGGUUUCUUGCACCAAGGGUCGUUUUCUUGUUCGGGGUUUCUUGCACCAAGGGUCGUUUUCUUGUUCGGGGUUUCUUGCACCAAGGGUCGUUUUCUUGUUCGGGGUUUCUUGCACCAAGGGUCGUUUUCUUGUUCGGGGUUUCUUGCACCAAGGGUCUUUGUCUUUGCCUGUCUCAUGUUUUUGUCAAGUUGUUUGUUGUCCUGUUUUGUUUACCUUUUGCCACGCCCUUUCUUCCCUGUAUUAAAUCAUCUUAUUUAUUGGAUUACUGUCUGUGUUCUGCGUUUGGAUCCAAACUUCACCACACCUCCACCAUCCCCAACACUGUUUAUGAGCUAACUCUUUUCAUAUCAGUUGUUGAGUUUAUAUUAUGGAAAAAGAGAUGUUUACGUUAAUUUGACAUUUGUUUUAAGCAUAUAAUCAGGCUUUUGAGCAAAUUUGACUCAAACUGGAUUUUUUGAAUAAUGUAUUAAGCUUACAGCGUUUUCUUGAUGGGUUAAGAGAUGGUAAAGUCUGUCCAAUCUAACCACAUGAAAUUAAACUGGGAAAAAUAUCAUUAUUAUAAAAGACUUAAUGUUUGACAAAUUAAACUAAAGACUUUGGAAAAAUGUAAACUAAAUUUUUAAUCAAUCUGUUGCUAACUUGAUAAAUAUACACAAUAAGACGUCAUUAAUUUUAAAUUUGUAAUUGCAAUGUUUUAUUAUUUAUUUACUAAAGGUUAUGAGCACUCCAAAGCUAGUGACCAUAUAAAACACUGGAUAAAUCAAGAGAUGUUAAAUUUGUUCUGAUGGAGAGAGAAGUACAGGAAUGAGAGGAACAUUUCAGUAAGAUACUGACUGAGGUGUAAAUAUAGUAGAAAGAUGGAGCUUAUUCUGGAUGGUUUAAAGUUUGUCUUGUUUUAAAAGAAUGAUAAAUCUUUAAGUUAAUCCCAUGUGCUGUGAGGGGGUGGGAGUAAUUUUGUCCAAAUUGUGACUUUUUUUUUUUUUAAACAAGUAUCAAGUUUUAUGUUUUGAAUGUAUUCCUGAUGAAGAUAUGAAAGCUCAAGUGUUUGUAUCAAUUUGUUUUUAAUCAAAUUCCUACAUUUUAUUGUACAUGAUCAAAAUGGGUAAAAUUUGUUGCUGCUAAUGGUUUUCUUUUAAUUAUUGUUGUUUAAACUCUGAUGAUUAACUGUUUAUUAAUGAAUAAAACAAUUACUGUA